AUGAAGUCCGCAAUUGCCACCUCCCUCCUGUUCGUCGCCACUGCCAUUGCAGUCCCCCUCGAGGCCCGCACAGCCGCAACCGUCGGUUUUGCUCUCUCGAAUGAUCAGAGUGGCGCAUAUUCCGGCGUGACUUUCCCCGCGGAUGGUGCCGACAGGACCAUUCCAUCCCUCUUCGGCUCCGCCUCUGUUGGCUCUUCUGGCCACGUCCUUGCCUCGUCCGCCCAGUUGACUCAAUUCCCGGGUACGAUCAGCUGUACUCUUAAGAACAAUGGCGCUGUCCUUGCUACUUUCACUUCCCAAAAGACCUACGCCGCUCUCGGUGGCAACCCCGCCAAGGCCAUUGUUGUCAACCUUGACCACGGUGUCAUCAACUGCCGAGCUUAA